ACUCAGGCCACUGCUGCUGCUGUGUCUAUGUAUUUGGUAGAGACAGUAAAGUGCUCCUCUCUGUUGAUAAGCCAGAGAAACUCUGCUUCCUCUUUCAGUCUGGACCAGAGAUAGAGAGAGAGACACCCAAAGAACCAUGAUCUGGUGGACUCCCAUAGUGGUGGUGGGACUUAUGCUGCUUGUAAGAGAUUCCUUGUGCCAAGAAUUUAGCUUUAAAUUGAUGGAAACUAAUGUGACUGCCAAAGAGGGCGAGUGUGUUCAGAUCGAAUGUACCGGUUAUGGCUAUAUCGGGGAUACAUCUCCUACCUGGGUCUGGUUUAAAAAUGCAAACUUCAAUGAGACAUCGAGAAAAUUUCAAGGCACAGUGGUGUAUAACAGCAGCACCAAGAAGGUCCAUCAGGACUUUGAGGGCCGGGUGACGGUCGGGUCAUCCAAAUUCCCCUACCGCAACAAAAAGUGGGACCUUAAGAUCUGCUGUCUCCGCAUGAGUGACAGUGGUAACUAUUCUUUUAGAUAUGAAGGUGUAAAGCUUUUUCACACAAAGCCUGCGGCGAAGCUUCAAGUUAAUGAAAAUCCAUGCAAAGUCAGUUUUCAGACAAGUAAAAUAUAUUUGAAUGAAUCUGACGAGGCCGUCUUCACCUGUUCAACUACAUCGAGUUCGUGUGGCAAGCGACCAAACAUCACAGGGCUCCCGACGCACGCCCAUUUGAAUAGAGAUAGCGGUACAAGCACAGUGGCCACGCUCACGGUCGUCUCGACGGACCACCAAACAGUACUGUCGUGUGGCGUACCGGGGCUCAUCGACGAGUGUGUCCGCCAGAACAUCACCCUGACGGUACAGUACACUCCUAGGAAGCCCGUUCUAUCUGGGACAGGGAAAAAUGUGACUCUGGGAGAGUCUCUAACACUGACCUGUUCAGCUGAGGCGUUUCCUGCCCCGACUGUCUACACCUGGUUCCUCCACAAGGACUGGAAGAACGAGACCACCCACCCUCCAGGGUGGCUCAACGGGACCUCCAACGACCGGCUGGAGAUCGAGCGUGUGACGAGGGCUCACCACGGCUGCUACCAUUGCAGCGCCUCCAACCUCCUUGGACGAGGGGAGGACAGCAGUAGCUACUGCGUCGAGGUACUCUUUGCUCCCGCCCUGCCGGUUCUGUCUAUGGUAAAGUUGGCCACUGAGGGGGAGGAAAUCACUAUCCACUGCAAUGUGGAGAGCUGGCCCCUCCCCUCCAGCCUGAACCUGUCAUGGAGCUCCGCCAAAGAUCCCAGCAUGCAUCACCUCCUCCACCGUGUCUCCAACGCAGCCUCACUGACCAAGAGGCUCAAUGUGACGUCUGCCUCGGCCGGUCGCUACACCUGCAGAGCUCAGAACACCCAAGGAUCCAACCAAUCGGAGACGGACUUAACGGUCAACUAUGCUCCUCAGAAUGUGAGUGUUAAAGCGAAGAGUUUGGAACUGACUGAGGGGAAUACCCUGGAGCUGUUCUGUGAGGCCAAGUCCUUCCCUACUGUCAGCAACUACAGCUGGACCAGGACCAGGACCAGCGCCGGCCAGGAGGAGGUCGUAGGAUCCGACCAGAAACUGAAUCUAUCGCCGGUCACUUCGGCCGACCAUGGGCGGUACCGCUGCAGGGCCCAGAACCUAGUGGGAAGCAGAGUGUCCCGAGAAGUUGGGGUGACAGUGAAAUGUGGUUGCACCAUCACCGGCCUCGAUAUUAAUAGCUGAUAUAAUCUCUCUCGCCUCUCUCGUGACAUUUGAUCGAAAUACAUGUGAUGUGAACAAUUAAGAUUUGUGAUCAGAUUCUCGUUUCGGCAAAACAUAAAAAAUAUGCUAGGUAAAAUGCUAUUUAGGUCCGAUCCCAGUGCGAGUCAGUUUGGGGAUUAGUCCUGGGUGCAUUUGGGGGUUAGUCCUGGGUGAAUUUGGGGCUUAAUCCUGGGUCUAUUGUGGGCUAGUCCUGGAUGUUUUGGGGUAUAAUCCUGGGUGUAUUUGUUGGUUAGUCAUGGGUGUAUUUGGGGGUUAGUCGUGAGUGUAUUUGGGUUUAGUCCUGGAUGUAUUUUCAGAGUUUGUCAUGGGUGUAUUUGGGGGUAUGUCCAGGGUUUAUUUGGGGGUUGGACUUGGGUGUAUUGCAGAGUAAGUCAUUUAUGUGUUUUUUUACAGUUUUGACACAAUAAGCGUAAUGCUAUCAGAAAGCAUGGGGUAGCUCUUCAACUCCUUCCGCGUAUUUCUACCACUAAAAAGUUUUUUUAAAACAAAUUUGCCCUGAUUUGACCUCCUUACUAAAACUAUAAACUAUUGGUCAUCAUAUUUGAGGUAGUGUUUUGCUCCAUGAAACACUAAACGUUUUUCUGUCCCUUUUUUUUUUUCUGCGAUUGAUCCCUCCCUAGAUGCUCCCAAAAGUGUAACAGUAUUGA